GAUCCAUUCACUUUCCAGUGACGUUAAAAACACUUGACACCAUACUAAUGUUGAGGACGUUACAGUAGGCUAGCUAAAAGUUAGCCGAAUGAAAAUCCUUUAAAUAGUGAAGAAUCAUUUUACUCAGCGGUUAAAGCAGAAGAAAAUUUCUUGCAUCCAGAUAAGAGAAAACAAAACAAAUAAAAAAUACCACAAUGAUUACCGUGGAUUAUAAAUUUUUCAUUAUUUUUAUGGCAUCUUGUGUUCCUUCAAAUGCUCACUCUCUGCUGACUGAAAAUAAUGAGACAAAAACCAAGGAUAUCGAUAUUCUCAGACAAUUGUUGAACCAGGAGACUUUAUUCAGAAUAGCUUUGACCAAAGACGUUGAGAACAUAAAACAAUACCUUCUAUCAAAACAAGAAGCUGCAACAAACCAGGAAAAUGACAUUUCAGAAGAUCGCCAAGUAUCGGAAGAGAGAAACUUUAUUAACUCAUCAUUUUUGCAGACUAUUGCAGAGAGCGUCAACAAUCACAAAAUAGAGGAAAUGAGAAAGGAAAUGUCUUUACAUAGAGAACAAUUUUCAAAAUUAUCUGAAAAUUUUACCAAGCUUUCAUCAAUGCUCUUAAGAGGCUUUGAGAGACUUGAAAAUAUGAACGUGACAAGAAACCCGAUGCAAAAUAUUGCUGCGUUGGAUAUCGACGUUCAAGAUAAAAGGUACAAGGACUGUCAAGAAAUUUUGAAGCAGAACAGGAGCCUGAUGAACCAGAAUGGUGUAUAUACGAUUUAUCUUGGGUGUAACACACCACGGAGGGUCUACUGUGACAUGACAACCAAUGGAGGCGGAUGGACGGUGAUACAGAGGAGAUUUGAUGGAUCGACAGAUUUUAACAGAGGAUGGAAAGACUACAAAGAAGGUUUCGGAGAUCCUGACAAAGAAUACUGGUUAGGGAAUGACGCAAUACAUUAUCUGACCGAUAGAAAACAAGACGAAUUAUGGAUAGACCUAGAAUCAUUCUCUGGUUCAUUUGUGUAUGCUAGAUAUUCAAACUUCUCCGUUGGAAGUGAGAAAGACAAAUUUCAACUGUCUAUUGCAGGAUACAUUGGAAAUGCAGGGGACAUGAUGAUAAAAGCUCAUGAUUUGAAUGGAAUGUUUUUUACAACAAAGGAUCGUGAUAAUGACAAGAACUCCGCCAACUGUGCAGUUAAGCAUCGCACUGGAGCAUGGUGGUAUAAUAGCUGUUCAUGGUCAACUCUCAACGGCGACUAUCAAACCUCAAACAAAAAUAACAGGAAAGGUCUGUCUUGGGGAACAAAUUUUGAAAUCAUGAAAUCUGUUAAAAUGAUGAUAAGAUCGAAAUAAAAUAUACGAGCAAACUGGAAAUCAGAUAUAUUUU